UUAAACUACCUUGUUGGGGUAAUUCCACAUCAGUCUUAAUCAACGAGGCAACGAUACAAGAUGUCCAAACUAUCAAUACUUUGUAUUGUGUUGGUAAUUAUUGUCGUCAGUGUCGAAGUGGAAGGCCUUAAAAGAGGCAAAAGAAACACCAGUAAAAGAAAUGAAGCUGGGACAGAAGUUAUUGAGAGAAGCGAAACAAGUCUUAGAAGGGAAAAGAGGGAUACACAACAAACCGGAGGUUCUACAGCUAAAAAAAGUCGCAGUGGACGCCAAGGCAAAAGAAACAAGAAAUGUGGAAGAAAAUGCAGAAGAAACAGGAGACGACGAAGAUGUCAGUGUAAACGUGUUUCUUUGAAGAUAAUCACCAGGUGCACGAAAGGAAAAAGAGGAAAGAAGACAUGUUCAAAGGUGAAAAGGUACUUCUUCAAAAAAACAAGAUGCUACUACCCAUUUGACGAUUCAUAUGGAAAUGGAUCUGACGAUGGUGGAGAUGGAGGAGAAGAUGGUGGAGAUGGUGGUGAUAACGAUGUAGAAGAUCACGGUGGAGAUUGUGAUGGAGAAGGAAAUAACGAUGGAGAAGGAGAUGGGGACGGAGAUGGAGAUGGCGGUGGAGAUGGCGGUGGAGAUGGCGAUGGAGAUGGCGGGGGAGAUGGUGAUGGAGGAGAUGGUGGACUUGGUGGCGGAGGAGAUGGAGAUGGAGAUGGUAAUGGAGAUGGCGAUGGAGAUGGUAAUGGAGAUGACGGUGGAGAUGGAGAUGGAGAAGGAGAUGGAGAUGGCGGUGGAGAUGGUAAUGGAGAUGGUAAUGGAGAUGGUAAUGGAGAUGACGGUGGAGAUGGAGAUGGUGAUGAAGGAGAUGGAGGAGAUAACGACUUAGUCAUGCUCAAUGAUGACUGCACGGAAGCUGAAAACCCAGAAGAUCUGAAGGACAUAUGUGCUAACGGUAUAGCAAAAGAUCCAGUAGAGUUAUUCUUCGGAACUAGCUGUCCAACGCAUUUCCUCCAGUGUGACUUGAAUGGCGGUGCAUUUAUAAUGCCAUGUUCAGUUGGACUUGAAUGGUGUCAACAGAAGUUAACAUGUGACAUUGUCUCGAGUUGUAAUGCUUAACUAUAUACUAUCAGAACGUAAAGGACUUCAUCGAUAUAUUUUGAGUUCAUGGAACUUCAUAAACGUCUUCUAUAUAUUCCAAUUUAUAAUCACUUUUUAAUAUUUUUUUUGUGUUUUCUUUUCUUAGUGUAUCACCUUUUUUUUCUGACUAAUUCAUUAUUGUAUUAUAUCAGAACAUCGUAUUAAUAAAUGCUAUCUGCAAUUCUG